AUGAUGCACAAUGUAGAUUGCCUGAACUUGAAGAAAACCAAAGUUAUUUUACCGACCGAAGAGGACAAGAUUCUUAAAUUCAGAAAUUUCAAACAUAAAGAAACUGUUCCAUUCUGCAUUUACGCAGAUCUAGAAUGUCUACUGCAACCCACUCUUAAAAGUCUUGGGGAAAACAGAACAAUUUAUCAGAAGCAUUCGCCGUACAGUAUAGCCUAUUAUCUACAUUGUGCGUUUAAUGAUUCAAUUUCAAAAUUCGAAAUUAAUCGUGGAGAGACUUGCAUUCAAUGGUUUGUGACUGAGUUAGAGAAAUUGGCACAUUCGUUAGGAACUUAUUUCAAAACUGUUGUACCAAUGGAACCGCUUAAUUUCCAUCAAAUCAACGAACUUCAUUCGGCAACAGUGUGUCACAUCUGUGAAAAACCGUUUACGCUCGAAGACGUCAAACAUCGUGAUCACUGCCAUUUCACUAGAAAGUAUCGUGGUGCUGCUCAUCGAGGCUGCAACCUGAAUUAUCAAAACUCACAUACAAUUCCUCUUCUACCCGUAAACAAAGAAAAGUACAUUUCUUUUACAAAAUAUGUCAAGGGAACAGAUAUAAAGUUCAGAUUCAUAGAUUCGUUCCGCUUCAUGCCCAGUAGUCUUGAGAAGUUAGCAACGUAUCUGGGUGAUGAUCAAAAAUCAAUUACACGAAAGUUUUGCCAUAAUUUAGAUAAAUUUCAGUUAUUGACUAGAAAAGGUGUUUUUCCGUAUGAGUAUAUCGAUAAUUGGGAGAAGCUUGAGGACAGACGAUUACCGACCAAACCACAAUUUUAUUCGAAAUUAAACGAUCGGGAUAUAUCAGACGACGACUAUGCACAUGCAUGUGAAGUUUGGCAAACUUUUAACGUUCAAACUUUGGGAGAGUAUUCAGAUUUAUAUCUACAAACAGACGUAUUCUUACUAGCUGACGUUUUUCGAAAUUUUCGACAGAAUUGUUGGACAACUUACAAACUGGACCCAUUACAUUACUACACAGCGCCCGGUCUGUCGUUUGAUGCAAUGUUAAAGUGUACCGGCAUCGAGCUCGAGCUUCUCACUAAUAUAGAUAUGAUUAUGUUUAUAGAAAAAGGUAUCCGAGGUGGUGUGUUGCAGUGUUCGAACAGAUACGCAAAAGCCAACAACAGAUAUACGGGAGAGGCAUUCGAUCCACAAGUCGAAGAAUCUUAUCUCAUGUACUUCGAUGUUAACAAUUUGUACGGUGCUGCUAUGAGCUUUGCUCUGCCAUACAGUUCCUUCGAAUGGGUAUCAGACUUCAGACAAUGCGACGUUCUUACCAUCUCGGACGAUGCGGAGUUCGGUUACAUAUCAGAGGUAGAUUUGGAAUAUCCUGCGGAACUGCAUGAAAUGCAUAAAGAUUUAUCACUGAGUCCGGAGCACUACAUACCUCCGAUCUCGAGUACAAAGCAACCGAAAUUGACGACCACGCUACUUCCCAAACAAAACUAUGUUAUUCAUUACCAUGUUUUAAAACAAUGCUUACAAUUAGGUCUGAACUGCACCAUUUUUGAUGAAGAUAUGGUAAUAGUCGAAUUAAAGAAAACGAAAGUCAAACUAAAUAAACCUUUGUAUGCAGAUAGUUUAGUAUAUCACAUCACCGUCCCCGACGUAUACCAGUGUAUGAAAGUGGACUUGCAUAAAUUCGACACAUCUGAUUACUCAGUCGAUAACGCUUACGGAAUGCCUUUGUCAAAUAAAAAAGUCCUCGGCUUGAUGAAGGAUGAAAAUAAGGGUCGAAUAAUUCAGAAUUUAUUUUUGAGUCAAAAGCAUGAGGUUUAUACUGUGGAACAGAAGAAGGUGGCACUGAGCUGGAAUGACGACAAGCAAAUCGUGUUUCACAACACGACCGACACGCUUCCGUGGGGCUAUAAGCCUGGACCUUAG